AUGAGGGAGGAACUCAGCCCGCUUACGCCUCGGGAAGCCUGCAAGGUUGCAACGCCGCAGGAGGUUGUGUCAAAGCCAACAAUCCCGAAGGAGGCAUCGAAGGCGGCAACACCGAGGGACGCUACCGACGUCCAAGGAGGCCUCCCGGAGCCCCCCGAGGUGUCGAAGCCGCUCGCCUCCCCCGCCACCCGCUCGCUCCCGUCUGCGCCCGCCAUCUACUCGUCCUCGCCUGUCUCCUAG